AUGUCCACCGAAGUCAUCCGAGAAACCAAAGUCCUCUUAACCCCUCUCAACUACGCCCUCUGGUUAUUGCCAAUGGAGGCAAGACUCUUCAGAUUAAAGCUUCUGGACAUUCUUGAAGGACAAGUUGAACCCGAUGAAAAAGAACAAGAAAAGUGGACUAAACUGAACAACGACGCUUACGCUGAAAUCAUAGCGUACAUCGGUCAGGAAGUACUUGGAUUUGUUAGUUCUGCGCUACCUACAACCCCUCGCUUCAAUGGCCGUGGUCUAUGGAAGCUAUUGAAAUCGCAAUACGCUGGCGAUGACCUCACCUCGCAAACCACAGGACUUGAUCAGUUCCUCCACCUCAGUUUUUCCUCCAUCGCUACCUUCAUUCCUGCUGUUCGAUCAGCAAAUCAAAAAAUAUCGAUGUCGGGCCUCAUUUUGGACGAUCGCGUCCGAACGAUCCUUAUGCUCAAGAAACUGCCUUCGGACUAUCGCUCUUUUCGCGAUAUCGUAUCGAUGAACUAUGGCUCGGAAUCCUUUGAAUCGGUCAUCAAGAAACUCGAGAGCUAUGUAGCUCAAAACGAUCUCGAUAAAAAGCCUGUUGCAUCAACGACUCCGCUCCAGUCACUUCUUACUCGAUCAAGCGAUCAAUCUUCGUCGAACUCACCACUCUGCGAUCACUGCAAGAAGCCGGGUCAUCGCAUCAAUAACUGCUGGGUCAAAUACCCUGAAAAGGCUCCAAAGUCACACUCAGCUCACCUAACCGUUCAAGACAACUUCAAUCAACUCAACGAUCCGACAGACUUCUCCCUCUUCAGAACAGCCGACGGCAAGCUCCAUCAUGUCGACGAAAUGAAGUUUGAAGGUGUUCAAUACUUCAAUACAUAG